GACAUUGCAUAAAUUAAUGAAGUGAUGCGCAUCAGCCCUAAAUAAACACUAAAGCGCUACUAGAGAAAGUGUGGAUUAAGUGCGCAUUAUUAAGGGCACUGAGCUUUGCCAGUCCUAGACCUGGGUCAGUCUUACAUACAUGCGUCCUGUUGUUUGUGCACACUCUCAAGUGGUCAAGACUGCAAAUGUGGGUAUUGGGACAGACCCCAGUUCUGCAGAAGUGACCUGAAAGUGCAGCUCUAUUACCUUCUAGUUGGAUUUCUGAUACUACAUGGUCUGUAUGAGAAUGAGUACUAGUCAGUCAAACUAUUUUAGAAACUCCACUGUAUUCGAGUUGCAGCAACCAGGACUGUUGAACUCCAGGUAAUACUUCAGCAAAAGUAUAAUAAUAAUAGUCUUAUAAUUAUUGUUGUAACACACAUGACUGUAUAGCUGCACAUCUCUUUAAACCCCAGCCUGACCUCACUGAUGACCCCAUCUGAUGAUCUUUCUUCAGUGACGUCCACUAGUAAGUGGGGAGCAGGAGUGAUUCUAAACGAGAAACGUCUGUAACUUCAUUGCACUCAUUCACUGACAAAAUUUCAAUGUGUGUUUUGCUUGUUUAAUCUGUUUCACAGUUAAAGAAUACAAAGGUAAUAAGAAAAGUAUCAUUAUACAAUGUACACUAUUGAAUCUGUGUUUUAGUAUAAAUGUCCCUAAUUUGAAUUAGCUAAAUUUUGAGAAUGCAGUAAUGUCUCCAUUUCAGGUGUGUUUCUUUCUAUACACUUUAUCUGUUCGUGGUUACACACAUCUCUGACAUCCCUCCUGACUCGGUCAAAGGUCUGAAAUUGUCUAUAUUGUCCUCUCUCUUUAUCUGUCAUGCGUACAUGCAUUAACUGUGCAUGUCACAGGUUUGUAGGUUUGCUCGGGUGUUGCUCAGAGUUUUACAAGCGAUGUUCCCCCUGGACUCGCCCCUGUUGACUUUCUCUGCUUGACAAACGACUUUGUCUCUUUCCAGCUGUUGAGGAUCUUACCGUGUAGAGCUCUGAUAAAAAAUCAGACUUAUAAUGGACUGUGCUUUUGCCUUUUGCAGUUUGCUAACCUGCAAACUUUUCUUAUUUUGUGCUAAACAACCUGACAUGACCCCAUAGUGAUGAAGACCUGAGGAGUUUAAUAUUCACUUCAAGCCAAGCUGACAAAAGAUUUAACGUUUGUUGUGGAAAGUCGCAGUAAUGGCUGCGGUGAUGCGAAACGUCUCUGGGAGCAAUGUGGAGGCCCAGCUGAUCUAUGCCAUCACGCUGCCCGUCUCCUGUGCCAUCAUCCUGAUCAACCUGCUCAUCAUCCUGGCCAUCACCUGCAACCGGCAGCUUCACAACUCACAGAACUACUUCUUCCUGAGCCUGCUGGUGGCCGACUUGUGCACCGGCGUGGCGCUUCCCUUCAUCCCCUGGAUGGGCCUGAACCGCCCGCUCAGCUUCUCGUCCUGCCUGCUGGUGCACAUCUUUCCUAACUUUCUGUUCCUGGCCUUUCUCUUUAACCUGGUGCUGGUGCACUACGAGCGUUAUCGGAGCAUCAUGAGUCCGCUUCAGCGUGGACAGCUCUGGCUGCAUCGGCGGUUUGUGCUGCCGCUGCUGGCCGUCUGGAUGCUGCCGCUGCUGUUUGCACUGCUGCCUGCUUUUGGCUGGAACAACAAGGCUAUUCAUGAUCGGAAUGAGUGCUGUCCAGUAACCAACAGCACGACACGCUCUAACUGUGUAGCACUGUCUGGAGAGCGUUGCUGUACAUACCGCAGUGUCUUUCCAAAUGCUUUCAUCUAUUUGGAAGUGUAUGGUCUUCUGGCACCCGCCAUCCUUUCCAUCGCUGCCAUGACGUUGCGCGUGCUGUGGAUCACACGAGAACAACUGAGGGACAUCCAGCGUCUGCAGCGAGCCGUAGCAAACAGGGAAUGCAGACGGAGAAUAGAAAUGCGUUAUGCUUGUUGUGUUGUGGCCGUUUCUCUCGCCUUCCUGACCUGCUGGGUGCCCUACAUUGUUUACACCCAUGUAGGCAUGGAGUUUUUGCUCAGACGGGGAGGAAAGAGCAAUCGCAUUGGCCACAUUGUGCUGUCCUGUGUUGGCAUUGGGGGCAUUGCUGUCGUGCCCCUGCUUUUGGGACUCGCCAACAGGGAGUACACAGAUCCAGUCAAGAAACUGUUCCGCAAACUGCGACACCGCUACAGACAUAGAAGUGUGCAAAUGGACACUAGUCUUCAAUUCAGUUGAUGUGACUGACUUUCGAUUAAGGUUUAUGUUUAUAGAAUUUAGCUAAAGAGAUCCAGAGCUGUGUUUCAUUUUCAUCUUUUCCAGUGAAUACUGGGACUGAAUGUCAAGAAAAGCUUAAAAUAAUCUUUGUUCAGUGAGCAACUGCUGUGACACUCAUCUACAAUGACCAAGGAGACUUCAUGCACACUAGCUCAUCUAAAUCUAUUUGAAGAUAGAGAUUCCUAGAUUUUUUUUAAAUAGAAUGGUUUGGACAUAAUAUACAACAUACAAAAUCAGCAUAUAUUUUUGAACAAAUCAUUAAAAACAAUCAAAAACAAGUUAUAAUAUUCCUGUCAGAUUGAACCGGCUUUACUGAGGCUCUCUUUAGCUGCUGAUCAGACCUUUUGCAGAGGUUAGGAGGUCAUUUGAAUGAAAGCUGUAUUUAUUUUUGGUUUAGGCAUUGUUUUUUUUUUUUUGCCCCGUAUAGAUUUUCGGUCAUAGACAGAUGUUUGUUUUUGUUGAGGACUGUUUUUAUUAAGAAUGCUGCUUCUUGGGAUUGUUUUAAGAAACUUAAGACACAUCUUUUUAAUAAAGUUUUUUGUUUAUGAUUUACUAUUGUAAUUUUUCUGAUAUUAUGUAUUUUUGGUUUGAUUGAUUUGGUUCUGUACAUGUUGAGUUUGGGAAAGGUGCAUUACAAAUAGAAUGUAUUACUAUUAUUAUUCUAUGGCAGAUUUUCCGAAUUAAAUCCAUUAGUUCUUCUGUAAUUCCCAGUUGUUCUAGUUAAAGGCAGCAGAGCAAUAGAUAGAAAAUGUUAAAAAGAGGUAUGCAAAUACUGAAGUAAAUUUAUUUCAAAA